AUGACCUCUCUGACUGCCCGCCGCUGCAUCGUGUGCGAUGCUGAAGCGACCAAGCGAUGCUCGUCCUGCGCCAGAGAAGGCAUCGACCUCUUCUUCUGCUCGCUGGAACACUUUGCAGAGGUCUGGUCAGGCCACAAACCGUACUGCGGGAAGGACUCGUCCUUCCUCUCUCAGCCGUUGGAGCAGGAGAUCGCCGUUGCGCGUGCACUAUGUGGCGUACCGCUGCAGACAACGGUCGUGAAGCACCUGGUCCAGGCUAUCUGGGGCUUCGACCCGGUUCAGACGGAACUCGGCGCGAGCGAUGUUGACGACGAAGGCUCCUUUCCUUGCGAGCUCGAAAAACUCCAGAGUCUCCUCGACCACCUCGAAACACUCGGUCCGGACGAGCCUGACCUUGUCCCGUUCCGAGACGUUCUCAUCGCCGGCAUCCGGUCCAUCAAACCUUGCCCUUCAUCGCUUCCAACUCUCUGGCGCGCCGUCAGCAACAUUCGCCAGCUCCAAGGCAUCCUGCUCUUCACUGCCGCAACCGAAUGGCUCGAAGCCCGGCACAAGGCUGGCGAACCGCUUGUUGACCCGACGCACGAGCUCUGGUGGAAGCUGCUGAACCACCGGAUCUGCCUCGCCUUUGCUCUCCCGCCAAAAUCCGUUCCCGGCGAAGUCGAGUACGGCAAGCGUUGCUUCGAGACGGCGCGCGCCUGGAUGCAGCGCGGGAUGGACCUCGACGACCCGGACCUUGCCAAGGUCUUCUCGACCGAACCCCUGGCUUACAGCGUUGUCUCGCCCUACAUGUGGCCGAGCAAGGCUGCCGACCCCACUCAAGCGCCUCCCGCCCCAGCGAAGAAGACGAAGAAGGUCACGAGCGGGAGCGCCAAGGUCAAGCUUAAGCUCGUGCAGACGCGCAGCUGA